GCCCACUAUCCCACGACUUUACUGAACAAUCUUCUCGCUCUUUAUCUUUUCUUCUCACUACAUCGAACCAUGUCCGUCACCAGAGUUGUCGAAUCGCGCAUCAUCGAGGCGCCCGUAGAGACGGUGUGGACCCAUGUUCGCUCAGUUGAUCUUGGUUUCUGGAAAGCUGUCAAGCAUGUCGAGGUCAACGGCGGUGCCGGUGAAGUCGGAAGCACCAGAAAGAUCUCCUUCAACGAUGGCGCUGUUCAGGAGGUCAAGAUUGUGGAACUGUCUGACCUCGGCCACUUUGUGAGCUUUGAUUUCAUCGAAGCACAACCACCCGUCGACUUCAUGUCUGCGUUGCACACGAUUACCCUUCGAAAGGUCACUGCAAACAAUACUACGUUUGUCGAAUGGUCCGCAGAGUUCUCAUCGGAUGCUCAGCUUGCUGUGAUUGAGGACAGUCGCUACAAGCGUCUUGAAGGCCUGGAGGAUCUCGCAAGAGCCGUUAAAAAGUAGUUGACGGCAGAGUAUGACACGACACGAUACUACAAUUGCUGUCUAUAAAUGGUUGUAAAUAGCUGUAUAUGGCUGAGGCCCAUGCGAUCUCAAUAAACUUGCC